AUGAAUUCUGUACUACUAUUUCUUCUAUAUUAUCGGGCUAACCCUAAGUUUGGCCGAUAUCGGAUUCUGAUGAUUGUGUUCUCACUUUCUGCACUUUGGUAUUCCAUCAUCGAAGUGCUGACAUUACCGGUAAUGUUCUCAAAAGGAAGAUCUCUUUGUGUAUGUUCCAAUGGGCCAUUGCGGCUUUACCGACCUAUUGGAGUACCCUUGACCGGUAUUUACUGUGGUUCAUUUGGUCUAUGUAUCUCUUUGCUAGCUCUUCAUUUCUUUUACAGAUACAUCGCAGUUUGCAAAUCUGAAAAAAUGUACUAUUUUGAUGGAAACCGUAUAUACAUCACAUUCUUACCGUGCGUUGUUGUCUUCAUAGCUUGGUCACUAACAACUUAUUACCCAAUGGCGCCAGAUGAAAUGAGAGAAAGACAUUAUCAUGACGUCUUGAUGGAACAUUUCAACACAAAUUCACACGAAUCCUCAUUUUUAGCCAUGAUGUUCAAAGCACCUGCAACACACACUCAGCCAGAACACUGGAUACCAACUCAAUUACUAGCCUGUGCAUUUAUGAGUUCUAUUAUGGGCACAUGCUUCUCGGUUAUAGUAUAUUGUGGUUUGAAGUCAUUUCAACAAAUGAAAAACUGUGCAUCUCAUAUGAGUACAAGGACAAGAGAGCUGAACAGACAGCUUUUCACAACACUUGCAGUUCAGACUGUGUUACCUGUUGUUACAAUGUAUCUACCGGUUGGUCUAAUUAUGAUUCUUCCAAUUUUUGGAGUCGAGCUUGGUGUGGCGGCUAACAAAACUGCAGCAUUUCUUGGAUUAUACCCUGCUCUUGACCCACUAAUUGCAAUACUGAUGAUUAAAGAUUUCCGAAAUUUCAUAUUUUGUAAAUCUACAUUGGGUGCCUCUAUUGCCUCUCAUUCCGCUCCACCUUCUAAACUUGUUCAAGCUACACAGAACCAGAAUCAAUAA